AUCAAACAAGCAACCCCAGCCACGAUGCAAUACUCGCCCGCCCUCUCGGCCCACAGCGACAUGACCGACGAGGAGCUGGACAAGUACUUUGCCAGCUGCGUGCCUCUGUCCAACCUGCCCACGCCUCCCCCCGCCAAGGAACCCACGCCGACGUCACACACAUGCACAUGCGCCCCCUCGCCCACACAACUAGCAUAUGCUACCCACCUUGCCAACCUCGUCCCCCUCAACGUCUCGACUCACCGUCCCCACGCAUCCGUCAUCCAAGGCUUCUUGGUGCGUGCCGCCUUGCCCGACGACGUUGUUGCCUUUGCCGCCUGUCUGCUCGACGCCCUGAGCAGCCGCUUUGCCGCUACCUGGAGGGACGCUCGCCAGGGCAUCCAUGUCAGCCCCGAUGUUGUUGUCUUGGCCGCUCUUUCGCUCGCUCACGGCUUUCUCGUCGACCGCCUGAGGUCGUCGCGCCACUGGAGUCUCAAGGAGAGCGCCGCCGCCUUUACCGUAUCCCAGAUUGAGGCGGCCAAGCGCGCCAUGCUCCACGACAUGGACUACGGCCUAUCGCGCAUCUCGCACGACAUGGUCCAGCGCCGCCUGAGAAACAUGCAGCCCGCCAAUGCCUCUCCAGCCCUCGCCGCGCCCCCAGCCCCCUCGGCCAUCAAGCCCUCGCGUCGGCGCAACCUGUCCAUUGCUCUGCACGGCACAGCCGUCUGGCAUCACGGCGUACACACACCCGAGCCCAGCCCCUGACGUGAAAAUGGCGCAAUGUAGACGCGAGACGAAUCUUGUUUAUCUCCUCAUCAUCAUGCUCAUGUUGUGUUUUACUACUGCCUUGAUUCACGAUACCCCCCAUCCUUGGCGCGCUUCACGCAUUUUUCCUCUUGGCAGCCCUCUGCCUCUCUAUUUUUUUCCUCCCCGGCGUUUUCCGGCGUAUAUUGCCUACGGGGCCUGGGCGCUCCUGGCCCUAUUCAUUUGAUAUUGCCUUUGUUUCGC